AAGUAAGGAAGAGGAGCCCAUCUAUGUUUUGAGAGCUUUCCUUCUGUGUCAAGCAGGGAACCGGAGCAUCUUUAAUCAUCAAUGUGUCUUGUGUGUGUUAGAGAGAGAGAGAGAGAGAGAGAGAGAGAGAGAGAGAGAGAGAGAGUCGUAUAAAUACCAGACCUCGAUUAUAUUUUUCAUAUUUUUCGUUAAAAUUAAAGAUUUGGUUUUUUCGUGUUAUUCAGUUAGGAGCAGUGAGAGCGGGAACGUUACUGUUUUCGUUUGUUUCUUUCUUUCUUGUGAGCAAAGAGGAAACUUGAUCAUGGCGAGCGUUGUAGAUAAGGAGGAAAUCGCUAUCACAGAGAACGAAAGUCAGAUGGAGAAGCAGGAAAGCAAAGAUGAGGUGGUCUCGGUUGAGCUUCCUGCACCGGAAGGGUGGAAGAAGAAGUUCACUCCAAAGAAAGGUGGAACCCCGAGGAGGAAUGAAAUAAUUUUCGUAUCACCCACUGGUGAGGAGAUCAAGAACAAAAGACAGUUAGAGCAAUUCCUGAAAUCUCAUCCUGGAGGACUGGCUGUGUCUGAAUUUGACUGGGGCACUGGUGACACACCAAGGCGUUCUGCAAGAAUUAGUGAGAAGUCAAAGGCGACUGAGACCCCAGAACCUGAGCCACCAAAGAAACGAGAGAGGAAAUCAAGCUCAAAGAAGGGAGCAGAAGAUAAGAAAGAUGAUGGUAAAGGUGAAGGUGAUGCUCCACAAAAGGAAGAUGUUUCCCCUGCAGCUGCAGAAGAAAUUAAAGAAAAUACAGAUGUUGAAAUGCAUGAGGGAGAUGAUGAAAGGAAGAAAAAUGAAGCAGAAGCUGCUACAAAUGAUGCUGUAAUGGUUGAUGACACUUGCAAGCAGGAUUCUCAGCAGACAAGUGAGGGAAAAACUGAGAAAAUGAGUGUGGAAAAGGCUGAGAAUCCAGAGCAGCGAGAAAAUAAGGAGAAUAUUGAGAAGCAACUAGCAGAAUCCAAUGUUCUGCCCUCACUUUCUGUUCCCAAUGAGGAGGUAGGUUCUGAGGAAGUGGUGAAAGUGGCAGAGGAGGUGUCCUCUGCGGAGGUAAAGGUGGCAGAGGAGGCAUCUAAUGUGGAAGAAGUCAUGACAAAAGAGGAGGCAUUUGAUGCCAAAGAAGUCAAUGCAGCAGAGGAGGCAUCUAAUAUGGAAGAAGUCAAGACAGCAGAAGAGGCAAUUCCUGAGGAUACCAAGAUAGAAAAUGUCCCCGAGGACACCAAGGAGGAAGAGACCAGAGUAGGUGAUUGUCUACCAGAUAAUGGCAUCCUUAAGCAAAGCCAAGAUGAGACAAAAUCCAUGGAGACACACCCAAUAAACUGUGAGGAUGCACAGCUUCAGCCCAAGGCAUCUUCAGUUAGCUGUUGAAGAUCCCUGAUGUAUUUAUUUUCUCCCUUCUUAAAUUUGUUGUCUUUUGUUUAGUAUCUAUGGUGAGAAUUUAUUGCCUUGCUGUUAGGGUUCUUCGUGGGCACCUUCCUGGCACUGGUCAUAUGUAUCUGGAGCACUCUUCGCCCUGUUAUUUUUAUUGGGCAUAAUCAGUGACCCAUUCUGACUCCAUCUGUUCUAACUUGUAAGCAAACAUUCUUGACAUUCUGUACUUGGGUUAAGUUUUUUUAAGUUUUUUUUUUAUAUUGGUUGUGAA